GCGAUUCGGCGUAGGUAGGUAAACGAGGCAACGAGGCGUUCUGCCUGGUCUUGCUUGGUCUUGCUUGGUCUUGCCCACAUUUCUAAAUGUGUAUCUGCAAGCGUAGGUUGCAUUAAAUUGCGUCGGACCCAAGAUCGCGAAGAGUAACAUUUUUGUACACCGUAUUCAAUUUGAUAAAUCAUGUCUGAUCGAGGCAGGGGUAGGAGCCGUGGCAUAGCACGAGGACGAGAUGGUAAAAGACCACAAGGCGAGUUACAAGCACCUGGUGGUUCAGCUUCUGGAUCACAAUUGUCAGCACCUACUUGGGUUCGUAGACCUGGAUCUUCUGCACCUCAAGCAACAGCAGGCCCGUCGUCGCAAACACCUUAUUCUCGACCACCACAAACACAGAGCGAGAAUUAUCCUGUGGUAAAAGGGGUGUUGAAGAGUGCUGGCCGUGCUACGCAGCGAUUGGGGCCUAGAGGUGAUGCAGCGCCUGGUUAUACUGGAAGUUCAGAACCUGAAAAAAUGGAAGUCACUGAAGGUGGAGACGUCGGCUCAGUAGGUAGAGGUGCAAUGAGAGGAAGGCGCGUUAUAAUGCCUGAAGUCCAUACGAGGCCAACAAAUCUAGUUACCAAAAAAGGUACCAGUGGUUCACCGGUUAAUCUACAGUCGAAUUAUUUCAAACUGUUGACUACUACCGAUUGGUGUCUUUACCAAUAUAGGGUUGACUUUGCUCCCGAAGAAGAUCGCACUAUGGUCCGAAAGGGUCUGCUGAAGCUUCACAAAGAAGCUUUAGGAGGUGCCUACGUUUUUGAUGGCACCGUUCUAUACACCAGUGUCCGAAUACAAGAUACUUUAGAAUUGUGGUCUGUUCGUAAAUCAGAUGACACAAAAAUCAGGAUUACUGUACGUCUUGUUGGAGAUAUGGCCAAAGGUGAUUACCAUUAUAUUCAAUUUUUCAAUAUAAUAAUGCGGAAGUGUUUGGGUCUUCUGAAUCUUCAACUUGUUGGACGCGAUUAUUUUGAUGCACGCAGCAAAGUGGAAGUUCAAGAAUUUAGAUUAGAACUAUGGCCUGGAUAUCUUACUUCUAUAAGACAACACGAGGAUCAUAUCCUUAUGUGUGCUGAAAUAACACAUAAAGUCAUGCGCCAACAAACUUUAUUAGACAUAUUAAAUGAUUGUUAUCAGCAGAAUCGGAAUGAAUAUAAGAAUUUAUAUGAAUCUCAAGUUAUUGGAAUAGUCGUAUUAACAGACUACAAUAAUAAUACUUAUCGUAUCACUGAUAUUGACUAUACUGCAAAUCCUAAUUCAACAUUUCAAUUGCGUAAUGGUGAAAGUAUUUCGUACAAAGAUUAUUACAAAAAUAAGUAUCAAAUUGUAAUACGCAAUAAUUCCCAACCUAUGCUUGUAACAAGAGUAAAACCAAAAGAACGACGUGCGGGUCAACCCGAAUUAGUAUAUCUUGUUCCUGAAUUAUGUCGAGCAACGGGUAUCACUGACGCAAUGAGGAAUAAUUUCAACUUAAUGCGUGCUCUGGCGGAGCAUACUCGUGUAUCUCCUAGAGCACGUAUAGACAAAUUAAUGACUUUUAAUAGAAGAUUAAGAUCAACGAAUACGAUCGUACAAGAAUUGACCGAGUGGAACUUAAAACUCGAUGAAAGAUUAACGAACGUGGAGGGGCGCAUUCUACCUCCCGAAAAUAUUGUUGUUGGUGGUAACCGUCAGUGCUCUGCAGGUCAGUUCGCCGAUUGGACGAGGGAACUUCACAAUAAGCCAAUGUUUAAUGCUGCAAAAUUAAGUAAUUGGGUUGUUAUAUGCACUAACCAAGGUCGCCGUGAUAUGGAGAACUUUGUCAGAACACUCCAAGAAUCCGCGAGUGGCAUGGGAUGUAGAUUUGAAAGUCCCAGAUUUUGUGAGAUACGCGAUGAUAGGUCGAAUACCUACUCUGAAACACUCGAACGAAUAAUGAGUACCUCUAAUCCGGACCUUGUAUUUUGUGUGGUCUCUAAUAAUCGAGCUGAUCGAUACAGUGCCAUAAAAAAGAAAUGUACUGUUGAUCGGCCAGUACCGUCACAAGUUUUCUUGACGAAAAAUCUGAGGUCGAAAGGCGUGAGAUCAAUAGCUACAAAGGUAGCAAUUCAGUUGGUCUGCAAGUUAGGUGGUGCUCCAUGGACAGUUUUAUUACCACCCAUUAAUUUAAUGGUUAUCGGGUUUGAUGUGUGCCACGACCCGACCGAUAAGGGACGCGACUAUGGUGCAAUGGUUGCAUCACUCGAUAAGAAUUUAACAAGAUAUUUCAGCGCAGUAAACCCACACACUUCGGGUGAAGAAUUAUCUAACGAGUUCUCUAUAAAUAUAACAAAAGCGUUAUACACUUACAAAGAGCUAAAUAAAGCUUUACCGUCGCACAUAGUUAUUUAUCGUGAUGGCGUUGGCGAGGGCCAAGUGCCCUACAUUUAUUCACAUGAGGUAGAGCAGAUAAAGUCUAAACUGAGUAAAAUUUAUGGAGAUCCUGCUUUAGUAAAAAUGGCCUUUGUAGUAGUUACGAAACGCAUCAACACGCGUUUCUUUUAUAAUCAAAAUAAUCCACCACCAGGAACAAUUGUCGAUGAUGUGGUUACAGAUCCCAUGAAAUAUGACUUUUAUGUAGUCUCGCAAAGUGUUCGUCAAGGAACAGUGACGCCUUGUUCGUAUAACGUCAUUGCUGAUUCAACAGGCUGGAGAGCCGACCAAAUGCAAAGACUUACGUACAAGUUGACUCACAUGUAUUAUAACUGGUCUGGUACCGUUAAAGUACCUGCACCGUGCCAAUAUGCUCACAAGUUAGCCUUCUUGGUAGCACAAUUUAUACGUCGACCACCGAGUACUCAAAUGGAAAAUCUGUUGUAUUUCUUAUAAUUGUUAUACAGCGUACCAUUUUUUCUUCAUGUAUAAACAGUUAAAAAGUACAACAGUUACUAUAUUAAUAACAGUAUUAAAACAUUUAUUAUUAUAUAAGGUACCUCGAAGUUACUUACGCGAAGGCGUUAGUAAGAUUUUCUAUAUAAAUAUAUAUAUUUUUUUAUGCAUUUUUAAAAACUUUUUUAUACUAAAAGAAUAUUUUAGUUUCACUUAGUUUUUGUGUUUUCAACGUUAUAAAAAUGGGACCUAAAUCCGUACGUAAAUGUACGUAAGAAGUUAAGAUAGCAUUGUAUUUUUUUUCUUAUGAUCAAACUUAUUAACUUGAUUUAAAAAGUUAAUGAUACAAGUGUAGACAUUUUACUAUCGUACCUCCAGAAUAUAUUUUAGUUGCUGUUACUAUUUGCAAAAUUAAUAACGGAAGUUAUGUUUACUUAUAAUUUUAACUUCUAUUAUGUUACAACAAUUUAUUGACAAAUGUUAUUUGAAAUAGGUUUGUAUUGCAAAUAAAAGUUUAAUCAAUA